AGGAGGAGGCGCUUUUCGGGAUUAUCUGGGGUCUUUGCCAAGGCGGUAGAGCAGAGUUUGAACCGCCGUGGCGCACUGUGACAUAAACAGUUCGGUGGAGGACAGUCGCUGAAAAGUUACCACCCCUUAAAAUCUGCGACAGACAACGAAACAAACAAACAAACAAACACUUGGAGCGAUGCGUAAAAUCUGUUCCGUCCGAACGGUUUGACCCACAACCUCUGCGAGUUUGAGGGAUGUUUUGGAGAUGGCCUGAACUUUAUUUUUUCUAGAGACUUCUCUGCACAGUAACCCUGCGGUUUGCGGAGCAGCAGGAGAGCUCGGAGCAUGCAGGCUGUAGAAACAAACUCGGGUUGAUCCCAGUCUGGACUGUUGUUUUCCUCUCAGGCCGGGCGGUCGGGGAGGAGAUGAGUGCUGAGGAUGGGACUGUGCCUCGGAAACGAAGUCACAGAGGAGAAGAAGGCGAGGAUUCACAGCGCCAAGAUAGACAGAGACCUGUACGAGUACGCCAAACGGGAGAUGAAUGUGGUUAAAAUACUCCUACUAGGUGCAGCGGAGAGCGGUAAAAGCACCUUGGUCAAACAGAUGAAGAUCAUCCACAGUAAUGGAUUCGCCAAGCAAGAGCUCAUCAGCUUCAAGCCUGCAGUGCUGGAUAACCUCCUUACCUCCAUGAAGUUUGUCCUCCAUGGCAUGGGUGUCCUCCGGAUCAACCUGGCUAACAACAGGAACAAGGUCCACGCCCAUUCUGUUCUGUCAUGUGGCCGGUGUUUUGACGAAGAACAGGUGCUGUUUCCUUUCCUUAGCCACGCCCUGUCCUGUCUGUGGGCUGACCAGGGGGUGAGGGCCGCGGCGGCCCGGGGAUACGAAUACGAGCUCAAUGACUCUGCGCUGUAUUUCUUUGAGAACAUGGCCCGCAUCACUUCUCCAGAUUAUGUGCCCAGUGAGACGGAUGUUCUGCGAGUACGACUGAGGACGACGGGCGUGAUCGAGACCCAGUUCAAAGUCAGCCACCUCAUUUUCAGGAUGUACGAUGUUGGAGGCCAGAGGACUGAGCGGAGAAAGUGGAUCGGUUGUUUCGAGGAUGUCAGGGCGGUGCUGUUUGUGGUGUCGCUAAGCGGUUACGACAUGACCCUGGUGGAAGACCCCUCCAUGAAUCGUCUUCAGGAGAGCAUGAAACUCUUCGCCGCCAUCUGCAACAACGUUUUCUUCCGCAGCACAUCCAUGAUUUUAUUCAUGAACAAGAUAGACCUUUUUCAAGACAAGAUUUUACACUCUGGCCGACAUCUGCGGUUAUACCUGCCACAGUUUAAAGGUGCAGACUGCGAUGUGGAUUCCGCCGCCCGCUUCAUCGCUGCCACCUUCGUCUCGCUCAACGCCAUGCCCAGCAAACUCAUCUACCACCACUUCACCACAGCAACAGACACCUCCAACAUCCAGGUCGUCUUCCAGGUGGUGAUGGACACGAUAAUCAAAGAGAACCUGGAGGCUGUGUCGCUCCUG